CUUUCGUUUGAUAACACCGAGGCGGUAAAUUCGAAAACAGUCUCAAUUCAUCUUCUAUGCUACAGACGACAGUUCAGCUUCGAUAGUCAUCGCGGACGGUUCUGCCUUUCUUGUGACCUCCCAACCAAUGGUCUUACAUUCAUCUCAAAAGCAGUCGAAAAGUGAUCGUAACACUAAACAUGCAAAAAGUAUGUUUUGGUUUCCUCAUAUAUGGAUUUCUACUGUCACUGUCAUUUGGAUAUGAAAUAUUCAAAAGAUUUUCAAGCUGUGGCGUCAAUGAGAACUGUGCAAAGCUGAAAGAAUGCCCAACCUUGAAUAUCUUUCUGCAAUCGGUGGAACUCAGCUAUUCCCGAGAACAAAUAUUACGGAAUAGACAAUGUGGUUAUAAUAAAUACUGCUGCCCAAAAAAAGGCUAUCGACCCAAUGAGCAAUGCAUCAUGCUUGAUGAGUGCCUUCAGUUGAAUGGCCAAACAGGGACGAUGGCUGUUGUGGAAUCAUUUAUAAACCGCAUAUGUGAUAUAAAUCUGUCACAGAAAGACUUGCUCAAAAGAAUCUACGUAUACUGUCAAGGACAAGGUCCACAGUACAGUCCUUGCAAAUCCGAUGAGAUGUGUCAAAGCAUCGAAAGCUGCGGCACUUUGUCGCGCAUUCUGCGAUCCCAUAAUUCUGAAAAGGCCAUUGAAAUAAAAAAGGAAAGGCGAUGUGGCAGAAAUACUUACUGCUGCCCAAAGCAGGUAUAUCCAGAGUGUCACCCCAAUGAAAAAUGCAUCCGUUUGAACAAGUGCCAUGAGAUCAAUAAUAUUUCAAAGCGACAUGGGCCCAAUUCGGUUCGUGACAGAUUGUGUGCUAUCGAUACCAGAAAGAAAGAUUUCGGGAAGCGCUUCUACACGUGCUGCCCUGAACCAGGUAACGUUCUGCCAUCUUCCUGUGGACAAGCCCCUCUAGCCGACCGAAUGGCAUAUGGCAGAGUGGCUCAGCAAAACCAAUAUCCUUGGAUGGCCAUGCUUAUCUACGAGAACCGGAAACUUCCAUAUCCAAACAGCAAGUCCAUCUGUGGGGGCUCGCUGAUCAACUCACGCUACGUGGUGACCGCUGCCCACUGUGUGGUCAAGGGUAAGAGUGUGGACUACGACUUGGUGCUCAGGAGAGUGCGGCUGGGCGAGCAUGACACCACAACCAAUCCAGAUUGCAAAUUUGAUGGACGACACUGCGCUGCUCCGUUUGUGGAGAUCGACGUGGGGUCUUUCAAUGUCCAUGAAGCCUACUUUAACACCUCGAGGUUUGAUAGCGAUAUCGCCUUGAUUCGCCUUAAAGUGCCAGUUCGAGAAGUUCAACCGAUUUGUGUGCCAAAAGCCCCUAUCCCCUUAAUAGAUAAACCAUUGGAAAUCGCCGGUUGGGGCAAAAUGAAAAACGAACUACCUAGUCCGGUGUUGUUGCACAACACAAUUUGGGAAAGCUUGUACUACUGCCAAGGAAUGAUGUCGGAGUUCCUCACGAAAUCACAAAUCUGCGCUGGUAGUCCCAGCGGAAAAGAUGCCUGUAUGGGCGAUUCCGGAGGUCCUUUGAUGGUAACCCUUGGACAUGGCAACGGGGAAUUCGUAUAUCUGGCCGGUAUCAUUUCAUAUGGAUAUGGGCCUUGUGGAGGAGGGAGAUCUUCAGGUGCCUACACAAAGACUGGAGCGUUUUUCAAUUGGAUAGAAACAAACUUGAAGCCUUAGUUUAUUAUAUGGGACCACAUAACAAACAAGGUUUUGUUUAUUAUGUGUAUUUUAUUUACAUAUAUAAGAUAAUUAUUAAAAAUUCAAAGAAUGAGGCACGAUAGCCAAGUAUGCACGCAGAUAUAACCAUUAUGUUUUAUUUU